AUGCAAUGUCCCCUCAUCACCAUCAUCAUUGUUUGCCUCUCAUCAUCAUUAUUUACCAAAACCUUAUUAGGAAAUAAAGAGCCAAUUGUCAAUAUUAACACCAAUGCUCCAAAAAUUAAUGUCCACCGUCAUCCAGCCUCAGUCUUUUUUGUCGAACCAUCUUUAACCGUUCUCUUUGGAAAUCAUUCAAGCUAUGCUCAAAUUGUAUUCCGUAACCUCUUUGAUUCCAAUUCUGCUCCAUUCAACUAUAUUAAUAAUACUUAUGAUCCUAUUACCCAUCUUAUGUCUUAUUACCCAUCUCAUAAACUACAUAAUCACCUUUACAUCACAAUAUUAAUUAAAUUCCUCCAUCAUCAUUGUUUGCCCUCAUCAUCAGCAUCAGCAUCAUCACCGUUUGCUCUCAUCAUCAAAAUCAUCAUUAUCAUCAGCAUCAUCAGCUUUCAUUAUCAGCUUUCAUCAUGGUCCUCACCAUUCAUCAUCAGCAUCAUCAUCAGCUUUCAUCUUGGUCCUCACCAUUCAUCAUCACCAUCAUCAGCAUUCAUCUUGCCCAAUCACCAUCAUCAGCAUUCACCUUGCCCCCAUCAUCAUCAGCAUUCAUCUUGGUCCCCAUCAUCACCAUCAUCAGCAUUCACCUUGCCCCAUCACCAUCAGCAUUCAUCUUGGUCCUCAUCAUCACCAUCAUCACCAUCAUCAGCAUUCAUAAUCAUCAUCAUUCAUAAUCAUCAUCAUCAUCAUUAUCAUCAUCAUCAUCAGCAUUCAUCUUGGUCCUCAUCAUCAUCAUCAUCAUCACCAUCAUCAUCAGAAUUUUCAUUAUCAAAUCAUCACCAUUCCUCACCAUCACCAUUUAUCAUCACCAUCAUCAUCACCGUUCAUCUUGCCCCUCAUCAGCAUUAUCAGCAUCAUCAUCAUCCGCAUUAUAUUUGGGCCCCAUCAUCAUCAGAAUUCAUCUUGGUCCUCAUCGUCACCAUCAGCAGCAGCAUUAUCACUGUUUCCCCGACAUCAGCAGCAGCAGCAGCAGCAUCAUCAUCAUCAUCAUCAUCAUCAUCAUAA